AGUGCCGACCAAAAGAAAAAAAACGGCAAUUCAACGCCGCACAGCAACGGGAAAUACACUGAAAGCUACUCAGGCAGCGCGUGCGGCUCAGUCGCUCCUCCGCCGCUCGUCCAAAGAAGUCCAUCUGCAAGACGGAGAUAUCCGCCGCUCGUUUGUCUCUUGGGCAGAGCAAAGCUCUCAAAUCUCAGGCGUGUCCCCGAAACUUUCGCCCGAAUCUCGGCACACAUUUCUCCGUUUUCGGCAUUUGUAACUUCAUCGCCGGUGGAUUACUAGUAGUAGUAGUAGUAGUUCGGGAAUGGAGACGAGGAGAACUGACAGCCCGGUGCCCACGCGCCAUUGGAGAACCGAAUCUGGAGUUCUCAACCCUCCGGCAGCGGCGCGUCCGCACCACGGUCGCUCCUCCUCCGUUUCCGGCAUGUCCAGCGUUAAGCGCACUCAGAAUGUUGCGGCCAAAGCGGCUGCGCAACGGCUUGCUCAAGUCAUGGCCUCCCAAGCUGCCGCCGGCAAUGAGGAGGAGGAGGAGGAAGAUGACGAUGACCUGGGGUUCCGAUUCACUCCUCAGCCUCUAUCUAGAACCGCCUCGGGUCCUCCCGCUAACAGUGGCAACAGAAUUAAUGGCAAUGCAGCCAAGGCUUCUGCUCCCUCAAGUAAGAUCAGUAGCAGAUCCUCUUCUCCUUCGGUAGCUCGAAACAUGGUGGAAGAAGCUCCAUCUCUUCAGUCACUGUCAGCUGGGAGGCCUGUAAUGUCAACUCGACCAGUACCAGCAGUACCAACUAGCCGACCAUCAUCAAAGACUCCAGUGGUCAUGCCACUAAUUGAUCCGCCCUCCAACAAAGCACAAGAGAAAAGAUUUUCACCAAACCUGGGGCAAGCAAGUUUAAGAGAUAGGGGGGAUCAGCAUGGCACUUCUGCACUCCACGAUGAACUUGAUAUGUUACAAGAAGAAAAUGAGAAUCUUCUUGAAAAGCUUAGGAAUGCUGAGCAGCUUUUCAAAGAAGCAGAAGCUAAAGUAAUAGAGUUUGAGAAGCAGGUUGCUGCUCUUGGGAAAGGAGUAUCUUUAGAAGCCAAGCUAUUGAACAGAAAAGAAGCAGCUUUGCGCCAAAGGGAGGCUGCACUAAAAGAAGCAAAAUCAAAAGAGGGUGUAGAUGGGGAGCUUGCAGCCCUACGUUCUGGUGUAAUGAAUGCAAAAAAUGAGGCGGAAGCUGUGGCCGAUAGACUUAAAGGGACUCAAUCUGAAGUUAAAGCUUUGCGAUCUAUGACACAAAGAAUGGUUUUAACCCAGAAUGAAAUGGAAGAAGUUGUUCUCAAGAGAUGUUGGCUUGCUCGUUAUUGGGGUUUAGCUGCUCAGUAUGGUAUCUGUGUGGACAUUGCUUUUACAAAGCAUGAAUAUUGGUCAUCUUUAGCUCCUCUUCCUUUCGAAAUAGUUCUCUCUGCUGGACAAAAAGCUAAGGAAGAAUAUAGGCAAACAGGUGAUGACAAUCCAGAUAAGGGCAAACAUGUUCAGGAUUUUAGUGAUCUGACUGGCGAGGGAAACAUUGAGAGUAUGCUUUCAGUUGAAAUGGGAUUGAAAGAGCUUACUUCACUGAAGGUUGAAGACGCAAUUGUCCUUGCACUGGCUCAACAACGGCGAGCAAACUCUGCCCGAAUGUCAAUCUCAGAUCUCAAGUCACCUGGUGGUGAUCCAAAGUAUAUGGAAGCAAUUGAUCUGAGCCCUGAGGAGUCCGAAGAUGUGCUCUUCAAGGAGGCAUGGCUAACUUAUUUUUGGAGAAGAGCCAAGGCCCAAGGCAUAGAGGAGGAAACUGCAGACAAGCGGCUUCAGUUUUGGAUAGGCCGUAGCGCGCAAUCCCCAACUUCACACGAUGCUGUAGAUGUUGAGCAAGGCCUAAUGGAGCUGAGGAAGCUGGCCAUUGAGAAACGCCUAUGGGACGCAUCUCGCAAAGAAACUGACAACUGACAGCUCAAAAAAGCAAGCGCUUCUCUGCCAAUCUGUUUGUAUGUAUUUACUUCCCUUCCCACGUCACGCCAUACUAUUUCUUGCUAAAGAAUUGUUAUUAUCACGCUAACCAUUAAUCAUUAUCAGCACGUUAAGCCCAUCUAGUCCGCGUCGGUGGCUUUAAACUUGUACUCCCCAUUAGUUGUAUAAAAUUAGUUGAUGAUUUUGUUUAGUAUAAGGUCUUGUUUGAGUUUGUAUGUAAUUUUCUUUGCGCCACGCCAACAUAUUUAUGGGCACAUUAGUGCCGUUUGUGGGAAGCCAUGAGACAUAACCCCAUAAGUAGACAGAUGGGUCUAUUUGAGGAGACUAAUCUCUGCAUUUUUUGGGCAAGGACUAAUAAAUUGAAUAUUUGUGUGAAAUACAAAUAUGGAAUUGUU